AUGAUAACCCCUACAACACUCCUGCAGAGUCUUCUGCUAUUACUUCUAGCUGUCGCCCCUUCAACUGCAGUCCCUCCCCAAUGGCAGCCAGCUGGACAAGCGGUAUUACACCAGCAAUCCGUUUCAGGGAAGCGAGGUGCUGUCGCUUCUGAGAGUAAAAUAUGUAGUCAAAUUGGCAUUGACCUCCUCAAUCAAGGUGGAAAUGCCAUUGAUGCUUUUAUCGGAACCCAGCUAUGUGUCGGUGUUAUUGGCAUGUAUCAUUCGGGAAUCGGUGGCGGUGGAUUUGCUCUCGUCCGGGACAGCAAUGGCAACUAUACUGUCAUCGAUUAUCGCGAAUCCGCUCCUAGUACGGCUUCCGAGGAUAUGUAUCAAGGUAAUAUACAAGGUAGUGUGCAUGGUGGGCUUUCCGUGGGUGUACCGGGCGAGCUGCGAGGUCUCGAAUACGCGCAUAAAAAGUUCGGCUUACUGUCUUGGAAGUCUGUUGUGCAACCAGCCGCCUCCGUUGCGCGCCGCGGAUUCUCGGUUUCCGAGGAUUUGGUACGGUACAUGGAGUUCGGCCUCGAAACGACCGGCUGGAAUUUCUUGGUCGAAGAUCCCUCGUGGGCUCAAGACUUCGCCCCGAAUGGGACUUUGGUAAAGUUAGGUGAUACCAUGACUAGAAAACGUUAUGCAAAGACCCUAGAGAAAAUAGCUGAACAUGGUGCUGAUGUAUUCUAUACUGGUUCAAUGGCCGAGGCGACGAUCAAGCAUAUCCAGAAGUAUAAUGGAACCAUGACCCUAGAAGACAUGUCCAACUACGAGGCCAUCAUCCGUGAGCCCAUCAGCAUCUCGUACCGCGGCUUCAAGCUUUUCUCGUCGGGCGUACCUAGCAGCGGCGCCGUCUGUCUCAGUACACUAAAGACGAUGGAGGGGUACGACGCUUCAGACGUAGCUUCAGACCCUAAUCUCACGCUUCAUCGCUUUGACGAAUCGAUGCGUUUCGCGUACGGCGCGCACCAAGCCCUUGGCGACCCGGCCUUUGUAACCGGUAUGCCGCAGCUCGAAGAAGCUAUGCUGGACGAUGCGCAUGCCGAGUCGAUACGCCGACGCAUCCGCGACGAUAAAACACAACCUAUUGAAAACUACGACCCGCCGCGCAUCUACGUUCCCGAAAGCCAUGGCACCUCGCACAUCUCGACGGCGGAUUCCUCGGGUACCGCCGUCUCGUCUACCACUACUGUUAACCUACUUUUUGGUAGUUUGCUCAUGGUCCCCGAGACAGGCGUUGUGCUCAAUGACGAGAUGAACGAUUUCUCUAUCCCUGGCGUACGUAACGAGUUUGGCUACGCACCCAGUCCAGCCAACUAUAUCCGUCCUGGGAAACGUCCACUCUCCUCCAUCACCCCCGUUAUCGCCGAGUGGCUCGACGCUUCCGCAUCAACCGCCAUUCCGCUCCUUGCCGCCGUCGUUGGUGCUGCCGGCGGAUCCCGUAUUAUCAGCUCGACGACGCAAGUCUUAUGGCACAUGUUAGAGCGCGGGGUCUCUGUAAACCACGCCGUAGCCGCACCGCGGUUCCACGACCAGUUGAUGCCGAACCAAGUCGCCUUCGAGUAUACCUUCGACAAUGCGACUGUGGCUAGCAUGUUGGAGAAGGGGCAUAAUGUGACGUGGGUGCGCGAAGGGUAUAGCGCCGUCCAAGCCAUUAGUGUCGACGAAGAGGGCGUGUUUGAGGCUGCGGGCGAGACGAGACAGAGAAAUAGUGCUGGGUUGACUUUGUAG